AGUUUGAUAGAAAAGGAUCUGAAUGGAACGAUUGUCAAUGGAAUUCAAUGCAAAGAGAGAUGAUUUCCUGUGGUCCGCUCCAAUCGUUUGCCCAAUGUCUUAUUCGGAGAAAAAUAGUGACAGCGGAUAGCAUUCAAGAGACCAAUCUCUGUCGCUGUUUAUCGACCAUUGACCUCAUUGCUCUGGGUGUUGGCAGCACUCUGGGUGCUGGUGUAUAUGUGUUGGCUGGAGAAGUUGCCAGAGCAGAGUCUGGGCCCAGCAUUGUAAUCUCUUUCCUAAUUGCUGCACUUGCAUCAGUGUUGGCAGGACUAUGUUAUGCAGAGUUUGGUGCAAGAGUACCAAAGACUGGAUCGGCUUAUCUCUACAGCUACGUAACCAUUGGAGAAUUUUUGGCUUUCAUUACUGGUUGGAAUUUAAUUCUCUCAUAUGUCAUUGGUACAUCUAGUGUGGCCAGAGCAUGGAGUGGUACAUUUGAUGAACUGUUGGGCAAACGCAUUGAGAGCUUUCUCAGCAACAGUGUCAAAAUGGAUGCCCCAGGACUGGCCAAAUAUCCAGAUUUCUUUGCUGUGUGUUUGAUAAUGUUAUUGGCAGGUCUCCUGUCAUUUGGUGCAAAAGAAUCAACAACAGUAAAUAAAAUCUUUACAGCUAUUAAUGGCCUUGUGCUUGUAUUUGUCAUUAUUGGAGGUUGCAUUAAAGGAAACAGUUAUAACUGGAGCAUUAAUGCUGACGUGCUGUUGAACAUCACUGCAGAAACACGAAAUCUGUCCUCAACUGUAAACAUAACCAGUGAUUAUGGAGCAGGAGGGUUCAUGCCAUACGGAUUCAGUGGCACUCUGACUGGUGCUGCCACUUGUUUCUAUGCGUUUGUAGGGUUUGAUUGCAUUGCAACUACAGGUGAGGAGGUGAAAAAUCCCCAGAGGUCCAUUCCCAUUGGUAUUAUAGCUUCUCUUCUCAUUUGCUUCUUGGCCUACUUUGGAGUUUCUGCUGCCCUUACACUUAUGAUGCCUUACUACCUCCUUGAUACAAAAAGCCCACUCCCUGGGGCCUUUGAGUAUGUUGGAUGGAGUGCUGCAAAAUACUUUGUAGCUGUGGGCUCCCUGUGUGCACUUUCAACAAGCCUGCUGGGCUCCAUGUUCCCUUUACCUCGCAUUCUGUUUGCUAUGGCAAGGGAUGGUCUACUGUUUGAAGUUCUAGCAAAAUUGAGCAAGCGUCAGACUCCAGUUGUAGCCACAACAAUUGCAGGAAGCAUUUCUGCUAUAAUGGCAUGUCUUUUUGACUUGAAGACCUUGGUUGACAUGAUGUCCAUCGGUACACUUCUGGCUUAUACAUUGGUGGCAAUAUGUAUCAUUAUUUUGAGAUAUCAACCAGAUUUUAGUAAUAAUGUUGACAUAGAACUGAAUGAAGAGAAACAAGGUCAACAGACUUCAGAGGCCCCUAAGGGAGGUUUCAGUUUUAGCUCGUUGGUUAUUCCUCUUCAAGUUCCCUCACAGCAAUCAUCAAAUAUUGUUACAUGUUGUGUAGGACUAUUAGUCAUCUUAAUUUGCAUUCUAAGUGGAAUGACAACAUUUGGGCUGGAAUCUAUCGUAGCAGCAGAGACCAGGAGCAUUGGUUGCUUGGUGCCUGUCCUGUUGACAUCAGCAGUCACAAUGCUUAUUAUCUGGAGGCAGCCUCAAAACCGGAUCAAAGCUCCAUUUACGGUGCCCUGCCUUCCAUUCCUGCCAUUACUCAGUAUUUUGGUAAACAUUUAUCUGAUGGUACAGCUGAGUGCAAGCACCUGGAUUCGACUCUCUAUUUGGAUGGCAAUCGGUUUUCUGAUAUAUUUUUGCUAUGGCAUUCGGCACAGUGUGGAAGGCCAGCGAUUGUUAUCAAGCAAAAUUUGA